AUUGCACAUGACUACUUGACACAGUGCUCGGUGAGGAAAUGGAGGCUUUGAAAUUAUUUUUCUUUUUUCUGAUUUUCGUUGGGACAGUGAGUGGCGACACGCCUGCUAAUUGCACGUAUGAAGAUAUACGUGGCAAAUGGGUGUUUCAAACUGGGCAAGCCGGCAAUACUAACAAGGUGGACUGCAAGGAGAUGACAGAUGUGGUAUCCACUUUCAGUGUAGAGUUGCUGUACCCUGACGUGGCAGUUGAUGAGUUUGGGAAUAAAGGAUUUUGGACUUUAAUUUAUAACCAGGGUUUCGAAGUUGUGAUCAGAAACAGGAAGUAUUUUGCAUUUUCAAGUUAUAAACAGGAUGGUAAAAAUGUUACCAGUUACUGUGAUCAAACAUUACCAGGUUGGUCACAUGACACUUAUGACAGAAGCUGGGCAUGCUACAAAGGGAAGAAGACUAAAGCCGUUAGACCUAAAUAUCACACCAUACUACCUCAAAAACAGGUGAAUAGUCAAUACUAUACAACAGACCAUGAAAUGUUACACAAUAUCAACACUAAACAGGGCUCAUGGAAGGCCCAAGCAUACCCACAUUUUGAAAAAAUGACCAUGGAUGAAAUUAUCAAAGUUGCUGGUGGGAGAAAAUCUAGAAUUUAUGGGCAAGCAAGAGCUGUUCAGCCUACGAAGGAGGAGGUUCUAAGCACUCUCAAUCUUCCAGAAGCAUUCGAUUGGAGAAAUCACAUGGGACAAGACUUUGUUUCUCCCAUCAGAAACCAAGAAUCCUGUGGGAGUUGCUAUGCCUUUUCUUCCAUGGGGAUGCAUGAGGCCCGUGUACGUGUGAUCACAAACAACACACAACAGCCUGUAUUAUCCCCACAAGAUAUUGUGGACUGCAGUGAAUAUUCACAAGGCUGUGAGGGUGGAUUUCCUUACCUGAUAGCGGGGAAGUAUGCUGAAGAUUUCGGCAUUGUCCUAGAGUCGUGUAAUCCUUAUAAUGGGAAGGACUCGACCGUAUGUCACAGCAAGUCCUCAUGUGGCCGAAUGUAUGCAACAGACUACCACUAUGUUGGGGGAUAUUAUGGAGCAUGUAACCAGUAUGCCAUGAUGACAGCCCUUGUAAGCAAUGGACCAAUGUCAGUGUCAUUUAUGGUGUACAGUGACUUCCUACACUACAAGAGUGGAGUGUACCAUUACACACAGCUAGAGAAUCGCUUUAACCCAUUUGAGAUUACAAAUCAUGCAGUGUUGCUAGUCGGAUAUGGCCAGGUGGAGGAGACAGGUGAGAAGUACUGGAUUGUGAAGAACAGCUGGGGUACAGGCUGGGGAGAAGAUGGGUACUUUAGGAUCAGGAGAGGACAUGAUGAAUGUGCCAUUGAGAGUAUAGCUGUAGAGUCCACACCCAUUGUUUAGAAUGCACUUUGGGACAGAAUCGUCUCUCAAUUGAUGACUUUUCAGUUAUCACCAAUGUUAUGAGAAAGAGUUGUCUCCCAUUGUGCAAUGUCUCCUUUUUUAAACCAUAGUAUUUGAUAUUUAUUCAGAUUUCUUUGAAAGAUCAAAUAUUGAGACAGUCAUUUUAAUAUAUUACAGUGAAACCUCACCUAAUGACUUCCUCAAAAUUACAACCACCCGGCUAUUACAGGCACUUUCUUUCAGUCUGGUUUUUUUCACUGUAAAUCUUUGUAUUGGUCACUUCAGUAUUACAACCACCCCUCUGUUCUGUAUUACGACCACUUCUUACAGUCUCAAUGACCACUAAUUAAAGAUAAUUGACCUCACAAUUAAGCUCUGACCAGUGAUUAAAGUUUACCUGGUGGGCAGUGAACCGCCAGCAUUUGUGUCAAUCUCGACCAUGGUUUCCAUCACAGGUUACCAACCCUGUCACCAGGUGGCGUUACAUGAAGUAAACAUCAUUAUCGGAUUUACUUGGCCUUGAAUAAUAUACAUUACUUAUUGAUUUAUAUACAGUUUUUAUUAUAAACAGAGUUAUGGUUCUUGGCGGUCAAUCUGAUCCACCGCACUAUUAAGACCACCUCGCUAUUAAGACCGCUUUUUGUCCAGUCCCCAAAGUGGUCUUAAUAGCAAGGUUUCACUGUAGUUUGAAUAACUGAAUUCUGCAAAAAGCACUUUAAAAGUAAUUAAUGUAUGAUCCAUCGUUUUCAUAUAAGAUUUUAGAAUAAAAAUAGCUCAGAUGAAUGUAAACUUGCUUUGUUGAACAAUUUUGUGAAAAUAGAACCAUAAUAACAAGAUUGUUUUUAUUGUCUGCUCCUGAAUAGUAUAAUCAAACUCUGGAUGUCUGUUCUUACUGUGAUCAACUGUUACUAAAUGUUUACCCACAAUGUCACAGGAUUAGUGUUAUUCUCCUGUAAGUACACAACUCUACACAUUGUGUAUUAACGUUUCUUCGCUAAAAGUGUCCUAUAGAGUUCUACACAUGUUUAUGCUGGUACACAUAUCUGUAUUGUAACAGAGCCUCAUGGCCUCGUUAACUAGUGGUUUUUCAUUUUUUUUUUUUUUUUUUUGAGAAUUUUUCUGGUCAUUGUUCUUUCUUUUCUGAUGAUAUACAGUACCACAUGUGUACAGAAUCACACAGCCCUUACUAUUGUUUGUGAAUAUUCCUAUAUACUGCUUGUUGAUUCCUCUUUUGGUUAUUUCAAAUACAGUAUAUUAUGAAAAUCUGGACAUGCGCAGAAAAAAAAAUCUAGACACCGUAUUCCACAAAUGAUUUCUCAACUAACUUGCAAUUGAUAUGUGAUGCUAAAUCUGAGAGAGUAAUAUUGGAAAAGGUCCCACAGAUGUAAAUAUUAGAUAUUUUUGUGACUUUGAAACAUACACUUGUAAAGUCAAGCUCAAGUUGAACUUAAACAUAAACUUCAACAAAUUUCUAUUUUUGAAGAAAAAAAUUCCACCCAGUAUUAUGAUUAGUUUUACUUUUUUCACUCUCCCAUAUGAUAGAGGUUGUAUAAUAAGUAGAAUCAGUGAUGGCUGAUCAACACAAAAGUACAGUCUUUAGAUAGUAAAUUCUACAAUAUUUUACUACUGAUAUUUACAAAAGCCUUCUUAUAUAGUUAUUUUUGGUAUUCUCUUUACAACCAAGUAGGUCAAUAAUUAAUUUUUGAAAGUUAAACUGGAACA